AUGAGUUCUUCGAUUUAUAAUUCAGUUAAGUCCCUUUACCUAUAGUCUAAACAUCAAAUAUUUGUAGUUCCUUUUUCAAAAUUUCAUGUGACUUUUGGCUACAAACGUUAAAAAUUUUCCUUGAAAUGUUUAAGAAAUCCGCGUUAAUUCUAAGUCGGUGCACACACUCUUCCUUUUUUCGCACCCACCACCUCAAGGUCCUUGCAAAUAUACAAAAUGAAGACAUCUGUAAUCCCGAUGGACUUUUUAGUCAGAGGCCUAAACGAUUCGGCGACGGCUCGAUCGGUGUCAUCCACGUCCAGGAGCAAGAAUGUUCUGAACUCGCCAACCCGAUGCAACGACAUUUCCUAGACGAUCUGGAGCGGCAAAAGGACCAACGGAUCGGCUUAAGCCGAUGGUUAAAAGAAGAAAAGAAUGUAGAUUUCGAAAAGAUGAAAAGAGAGUGCCAGAAGCUGGUCAAAGAGAUCACCAUGGAAGGUCAUGAUAGCGAUGUAAAAAAAGUCUGCAAGGAACUGGCCCAAAAAGAGAAGUCCGAAAAGGAAAAAAUAAAAAAGAAGUGCAGGGAACUGGCGGCAAGGGAAAGGUGUGAAAAAGAUAAACUUAAAAAGAUGUGCAAGGAACUGAACAAAAAAGAUAAGGGCAAGAAAAAGGAUAAAUGCGAGAAAAAAGAUCCUUGUGAGGAGGAAGAUCCUUGCGCGGAAAAAGAUCCCUGCCCAAAAAAAGAUCCUUGCGCUAAGAAACCAAAAAAAAAGGAUCCUUGCGAGAAAGAAGAUCCCUGUAAAAAAGUGGAUCCGUGUGAUGUAAAGAAAAUUGAUUGGGAUAAAAAGUGCAAGAAAAUAGCCAAAAAAGAAAAAUGUAAGAAAUUGGCCGAGAAGGCAAAGAUGAAAAAAAUGAUAAAAAAGUGCAAAAAAUUUGCCGAAAAGGAAAAAUGCAGAAAACUGGCCGAGAAAGAGAAAUGCAGGAAGAAGGCUCAAAAAGCACAAAAGUCCAAAACACCUCAAAAGGACAAUCGCAAGAAAAAGUAAUCAACCGAACUCAACGCGGACUUAACGGCAAAAUCAAUCAAUAUUUUUAAACACCUAUUUCUGGAUAAAAUAUAGCAUUUUUUCGAGCAAAGGAUUUUCCAUUCUGGUUUUCCAGCUCGAAAAAAGGCAGAAGUAUGCAGAAAGAAAUUUUUUUUUUU